AGGAGACCAAAUAUUUAGCCAUAAAAAGCCUUGGGACAUAUAGUUAUAUAUGGCUGAGUUGGGGAAUAUGUCCGGGUGUGGUGUAUUUAGCGCGGUUUUUGGUCGAAGGCCUAGACGUUCGGUCUCAACAGGCUCACUACCGAAUGUCGAUGUGCUUGAGUUCCCUAAAACUACAAGCAGCCGGGGUUCCGAUACAAGGAGAAGAAAAGGGUCACAUGGUUCAUCAAUUGAUUAUUCAUCAAGUACAGUAGAACAACCCGAGAAUAAAACUGACCGAAUUAUUCCUAGGCCUACGCCAAAUCAAAAAAGGAAGGCCAUCCCACCAGUAUAUGUGCAGUCUCAACAAACAGAUAAGAAAAGUGUACCUGAUGUAAAGGUAGGAUCAGGAGGGUCAAAAGUUAGACCAAGUGGUCAACAUUUCCAAAAUGAUGGAGCAAACAAAAAGGUUGCUCAAGGAAUGAUGAGAUCAGGAGAGCUUGAAGCCAUGAUUGAAGAUCAUCAAAGAUCAAACUAUAACGGUAACAUGAAAGUAUUUGGAAAUUUGGGUAAUUUACGCCAAAUGAAUCCAAACAAUGUUAACUAUAUUCCCAAAAACGUUCAAAUUGAACGGCCCGUGCCAAAUGGAAUGGGGAACAUUACAAGGCCACAAGCAAAGGCUAAUCCUUAUUGUAGAGCUCUAUCUACAAGAAUGGAUCCUGAACAGUUGAAGAUCAUGGGUAAUGAAGAUUAUAAAAACGGCCGUUUUGCUGAAGCAUUGUCGCUUUAUGAUGCUGCGAUUUCUCUUGAUCCAGAAAAAGCGUCAUACAGAAGCAACAAAAGUGCAGCCUUAACUAGCUUAGGGAGGCUUUUAGAAGCAGUGUUUGAAGCCAAAGAAGCUAUCAGAAUUGAACCCUUCUACCAAAGGGCUCAUAAUCGUCUAGCCACAUUAUAUCUCAGAUUAGGAGAGCCAGAAAAAACAAUUUGCCACUAUAAACAGGCAGGGUCAGAAGCUGAACCUGAUCUUAUCACAAAAGCCCAAAAUCUUCAGAUGCACCUUACCAAGUGUAACGAGGCAAAGAAGAGAAGAGAUUGGAAUAGAUUGUUAAAAGAAACCAGUCUAGCAAUAUCUUCCGGCGCAGAUUUUGCUUUACAGAUAUACACGAUGAAAGCCGAGGGGUUAUUGAAGUUGCAUAGGCACCAAGAAGCAAACCAAGUGUUGAGCAGUGCGCCAAAGUUUGAUGUAGAUGACUGCACCAAGUUUUACGGUCCCAUCAUCCAUGCUAGUAUAUUGGUCAUACGGGCUCAAGUCUAUCUGGCUGCUGGCAGGAUUGAUGAUGCAAUGGAGGAGGUUCAGACUGCGGCAAAGAUGGACCCAAACAAUAAAGAUGCGAAUAUAAUGGUGCAUAGAACCAAGGCUAUAAUCGAUGCCAGGUUCAAAGGCAAUGAUUUGUUCAAGGCUGCUAAAUACUUAGAGGCCUGCAAUGCUUAUGGAGAGGGGCUUGAUCAUGAGCCUUUUAACUCUGUGUUGCUCUGCAAUCGUGCUGCUUGUCGAGCUAAACUUGGUCAGUUUGAAAAAGCCAUUGAGGAUUGCACCAUGGCCUUAAAUAUACGUCCCUCUUAUAGCAAAGCAAGACUACGGCGAGCUGACUGCAGUGCUAAGUUAGGAAAAUGGCAAGCAUCCAUAGACGAUUAUGAGAUGUUAACGAGAGAAUCGCCGGAAGAUGAGGCCGUUAGAAAGUCCUUGAAAGAGGCUAAAGAUCAGCUAAAUAGAGCAUGAUUCUAUAAAAAGGACUAUGCAACAUCCUUGCCGUGUAACACAAAUGAGGUUAAAUAUAUUUGUUUGAGUGAAACAGUUUCAUGUAGAUUAAUUUUGUUCCUCAUUUCUCAAUACUUGAUUAUCAUUGAAAGAGAAUGCUUGAUAAGUUUGCAUCUACGGAGUAUAAAACAUGAUAUAUUGGUGAA